AUGGCAACGAAAACGAUGAUGCUAAGAAUAAUAAUAAUAAUUGCCUUGUGUUCAGUGCUGUUAAGGGACCUGCCAUGUUCGCGGGGUCAGGCUGUGAAGAGCGGGUGGUGGACGCUCAUAUCUGCAAAUGGCGGCGUCUCAGCCAUGCAUAUGACCACGACCCACAAAGGCACUGUCAUUAUGUUCGAUCGCACAGACUACGGUCAAUCUCAGCUACCUCUCGACAAGGGGCGUUGCAGAGAUGAUAAUAACGACAUGGCGCUAAAGCACGAUUGCUGGGCGCACUCCAUAGAAUAUAACAUCGCUUCAAAUAAGCUCAGGCCGCUCAUGGUCAUGACCGAUACGUGGUGCUCCGCCGGUUCCUUUGCUGCGGACGGAACAUUGGUUAGUACAGGCGGAUACAAUGAUGGCUACAAGGCCGUCCGUUAUUUCGCGCCCUGUCAAAAUUCUGCCUGUGAUUGGGACGACUCUAUGCCCGGCAGACUCGCCGACAAUCGAUGGUAUGCAACCAGUCAGAUUCUGCCUGAUAACAGAGUGAUCAUUGUUGGAGGCAGAGGAGCUUUUUCAUACGAGUUCGUCCCGAAAAGACCCGGAGAAGGGUCUUAUUAUCUUACGUUUCUGUCGCAGACGAAUUUUGCCAACGAGGAGAACAAUCUCUACCCUUUUCUCCAUCUCUCGUCUGAUGGAAACCUUUUUAUCUUUGCAAACAAGGAUUCAAUUCUACUUGAUUACAAAACCAACCGUGUGGUGAAGACGUUUCCCACAAUGCCCGGCGGGGCGAGGAAUUAUCCGGCGUCCGGUUCUUCCGCAAUGCUGCCAUUGAGAGCCUCCGAUGGAUUUCGAAGGGUUGAAAUUCUCAUCUGUGGAGGCGCUCCUGAUUACGGCUUCAAUUCUGCGAAUUCCGGGAAUUUUAUGGAUGCAAUUCAGAGCUGCGGGAGGAUGGUCAUCACGGACCCGAACCCCAAAUGGGUAAUGGAAAAUAUGCCUGCUCCGAGAGUCAUGGGCGACAUGCUCAAUCUACCAAAUGGUGAAAUUCUGAUAAUUAAUGGAGCUUUCAGAGGAACCGCAGGGUGGGAAGUGGGAAGAGACCCGGUUUUUACUCCUUAUCUUUAUAGACCUAAUGCAGUACCGGGAAACCGGUUUUCUACGUUGGCUUCCUCCACCAUAGCCAGAAUGUAUCACUCCACUGCUAAUGUUUUGCCUGAUGGCAGGAUCCUCGUCGGGGGAUCGAAUCCUCAUGCAGGGUAUGUUCUAUCUGGAACUACUUAUCCAACUGAACUUCGCCUUGAAGCUUACAGUCCCUAUUAUUUAGAUCGUUCCUAUCAGGCCUUUAGGCCCACCAUAACCGGCUUAUCUGCUUCUUUUAUUCGAUAUGGAACAAAGUUUAUUGUUCAGUUCACUGUUCCCAAUUACAGUCCCAACAAUAUUGAGUUCCAUAUUUAUGCCCCUUCUUUCACAACUCAUGCUUUUUCAAUGAACCAGAGAAUGCUCGUUCUAGCAGCAGAUACUCCCAAAAGAGCAAGAGGAAUAUACUUUGUGGGCCUGAUAGCACCUCCAAAUUCUGUGGCGGCGCCGGCGGGGCACUACAUGUUGUUCGUGGUUAACGGUGGAAUUCCAAGCGUGGCCGAAUGGAUUCAUUUGUCUUAGAAGUAAUAGUCUUUGUGAGAGUGUGAAUGAUAAUAUAGUUUGUGAACUGUAUAAAUUACAAUAUGUUUUUAAGUUUUGGGGGUGGGAAUAGGUACUACUAAGAGUCUUAUGACUAAGCUAUGGGAUUGGUUGAGCAGAAAUUGUACUUUUCCACCAUAUUAAGAUUGAAUUUGGCGUUGGGAGUAUGCAUUAUGUGCAUCGUCCUGUGUUAGUCUUCUCGUGGCAUCAAAUAAUGUCUCACUGUUCUUUUACAGUUGUGACCAAAAUUCUAUCCUACAUGCGCUGCCUAUCGUCACAAGAUGAUUGCAGUAACUUGUAACUUUGUAAUGACUUUUAUUAUCUGAGU